AUGGGCAAUGAAAAAAGUGCCCUGAGUGGGCUUGAGAUUGAUGAGAAAGCCAUUGAAGUUACGGAUUUUUGGCUACAUCACAGUGCAAGCACAAGUGGCGCGAAUUCGCAAUGUCUUUCGGUGUUCAUCAGUGAACCAUCGCUUCAUUCUACAGCCAACUUCGGCAAGCCCUCGCCCUUGGAGAGGACGGCGAAGAAUUUAAUGCUCCACCGUCAUCCCUGCAUCCUCAAGUACAUCUCCUCCUGGAAGAAAGGGAGUUCGUACUAUCUAGCAACCGAGGAAGCGAAACCCCUAGCUCAAGUAAUCGGUACCCAGACAACCCUUCAAAUAUGCAUAGGACUUCACAGUAUUCUCCGAGCUCUGAUGUUUCUCCACGAGAACGCCCUCGCCUCCCACAACAACCUCUCCUCCAGCUCAAUCUACGUAACCCCUGAGGGUUCAUGGAAGCUAGGAAAUCUCGAAUUCCUCUGCAAAUUCUCAGAGUUCAAUCAAGCUUAUUUAAAGAAAAUCAAGAACUUCAGGUAUGAGAAAGCCAUUACCCCUGAGGAGGACGCGUCCUCGAUGAUCUCUCACGUCAAUCCCGUGUCCAUUGACCAAUUCGCAUUUGGAGUACUUACAGAGGAUAUAUUGAGACUGAAGAAUUCAGAUGAUGUGCCAGCCCUUUUAGACUUCAAAGAAGUUUGUAGACAACAAUUACAAAAUGCUGAUCCAGCAUUAAGGCCAAGUUUACAUUCAAUACUUCGUCAUCCAUUUUUUACCCACGAUUUUAUUAAUAUUCAUGCAUUUCUCAUGGAGUUGCCAUUGAAAACGGAAGCUGAGAAGGAGCAGUUUUUUUUAAAUUUAGUUCCCCAACUGAAAUCAUUCCCCGAGAAAAUAGUAGCAGAGCAAUUAGGUCGUCUUCUGCUGUCCCGUCUGGUCUUGCUGGAUCCAACAGCCCAAAUUAAGCUUCUCCCCUACGUCCUAAGACCCAAAACCGAAGAAGAGCUGCAAGAGGAGACCGGUCUCUUCUCCGUCUCUACGUUCAAAAGCUACCUAGUCCCAAAACUCCUGCAGAUGUUUUGCGUGCGAGACACCUCAGUCAGACUACUCCUGCUGUCCCACCUCAACUCCUAUAUCUACGCAUUUCAAAUGGAUGAGUUAAAGAGCCAGAUACUGCCUGAACUGCUAGUUGGAAUAAAAGAUCACGACGACCAACUGGUAAGCAUCACUCUGAGAGCCCUAGCUGACUUGGUGCCAAUAUUGGGGGCUGCUGCAGUGAUUGGCGGUAAAAGAGGAAAACUGUUCACUGAUGGAAGGCCUAACCAUAAUCAGACUCGAGUGGAGAUACGAAGUAGCAAGAGAAAUGACGAGAAAAUUCGGAAAAAUAUUCCUGUGGAGGAGCCUCUCAUGGAUCUCCCUGAGCGACCUUCUCCAGAUGGAGGGGAGGUGGGAGAGGACACACCUGUCAUCUUCGUCGAGGAGGAGGGUACCUGGUCUGAUUGGGACACUCAGGACGCUUCCAAUGUUGGAGCGAACGCCAUGAAUAACGUAGAGAUCAUUGAGGAAAUAUCUGUGCCACUAACAUCAAUUCCCAAAAUCGAUAGACAAUUGUACACCAAAAAAAUUCCGAUAUCUGAUAUUACCGAGCUCGAUAUCAAGCACUCGAAGAGUCAGGGAAUCAAAGAAGAAGUGGAUUUCUUCACAGAUAUGGAACCAGUCAUCGAAAAACCGAGGAUUGUUCAUAUUGAAGAGGAGAAGGAGAAAAAUGUUAAGAGUGUUUUUGAUUUCAAGGGAGGCUCCAUGCAGGAUGACGAUGAUGAUGGCUGGGGGGAAGAUCUAAAUGACUGGGGAGGAGAGAAUACUAUUGAUAAUGUGAAUGAUUGAGGGUUGGGGAGAAGGUGGAUGUUGAGAGAAGUGAAAAUACAGGCAAUGUGGGUCCUGGUGGGGCUAAUCGUCUUGGGUCUAGCGUGGAGAGGAGUCGCGUUAAGGGAAAAUGUGACGAGACCUCUUUUGUAGAGUAGAAAAUUCUGGAAGAAUUGGGUUCUUCGAGAUUUUUUCUUACAGUUAUGAAUAUUUAUCUAAUUUGACGUUAAAUUGGGAUUAAAAUAUCAAAACAGGUGGGUAAAUGUUAAAGGAAUUGUUAAGGAUGACAUAGUCUUGCUAAUGAGCGAGUUUGGGCGAAAAUGCAUCGCAUAUUCUUUCUAGAGGAUUUUAUAAGCUACAAAGAUGAUGCAGGAUCAUUUCCUUGUUGGUGAAAUGGAUCAUCAGAUAUUUGAAAUUUUAUGUUGCGUAUAGUCACUUCGAUUCAGACUUUUCCAGGGAGUUUGUGUUGAUCUUGUUGAUAAAAGGGUUGAGCGCUGGGGUUUUGUUGAAUCCUUCAAUAAAUUGUUGAUAGGAGAGUGAUUUGUAAUUUGUAACAUAAAUGAAUUUUGAAUAUAAGUGUCUUCAAUAACA